GAAAGCAAGCAUAUCUUCAAAAUGAACGCUGUAAGAGGCAGUCUGACUUUCGUUGUGCUGGUAGGCGCUCUGUUAGCAGGUGAAAUCUGCUGCUCUGGUGGAUGUGGAGAGCUGUGUGUAAACUCGGAUGGACUGCCAAGUAAACGUGAUGACUCCUGCUCAUCCCCAAGAGACUGUCCUGCCAGCCAUUGCUGUGUUAACCGACAACCAGGUGCUACUUCCGGGGUUUGUCAGAAGAUGGGAAGUAUGUCGGCAGUUUGUUAUGUACGGGAUCCCUACACGGCCACACCCCCUCCUGGUGUAGUGCAGACCUGCCCUUGUGGAUUCGGUAAUUACUGUUCAGGAAGACCAGGGAGUAUUGAUGAGUUUGGAAAGAAAGGACUGUGCAGGUCUUUCAAGUAACACAAACUGUUUAGACCCAGGACCAAAGAAGACUAAUGUGCAAUAUAAUUUAAAAUAAAAUGGCACAUACUCUUUAGAAAUGUAGUCACCUUGUUUUCAUGUACUCUCCUCUCCAAAAACACACAUCUACACGCGUAUAACUGGGACUAUUUGCAAUAUCAAACAAUAACACUGAUUACAAUGAAGAUUUCCUAUGUUUGGCAUAAAAAACAAAAUACAUUCAUUUCCUCAAAACUCAGUGGUAUUGACUUGUGACUCUGAAUAGCCUUAUUGGAAAUAUGAAAUGUUGAGAAUUAGCCAUGUUUUCAUUACUGCAUGCAUGAAUGUAUAAUACCAAGUUUAACUAAUAAAGACCAGAUAUAUAAUUUA